GUCAGUAAACACACCCAAGCAUACCCAACUGAUGCCUAUGGAAACCUGGAAUUCCAGGGAGGAGGACAUUCAAAUAAGGCCAUGUACAUCCGUGUGUCGUAUGACACUAAACCAGAUUCUCUGCUGCAUCUCAUGGUGAAAGACUGGCAACUGGAACUGCCCAAACUCUUAAUCUCUGUCCAUGGAGGCCUCCAGAACUUUGAAAUGCAACCAAAAUUAAAGCAAGUGUUUGGAAAAGGUCUGAUAAAGGCUGCCAUGACCACAGGAGCUUGGAUUUUCACUGGUGGUGUUAGUACAGGUGUCAUCCGUCAUGUGGGAGAUGCCUUGAAAGAUCAUUCUUCCAAAUCCAGGGGACGAAUAUGUGCCGUAGGAAUUGCACCUUGGGGCAUUGUAGAAAACAAGGAAGAUCUAAUAGGAAGAGAUGUAACACGAGUUUACCAAACAAUGUCAAACCCUCUAAGUAAGCUCUCUGUGCUCAACAGCUCCCACACCCACUUCAUUCUGGCAGACAAUGGCACAUUAGGUAAAUAUGGAGCUGAAGUAAAAUUACGGCGUCAGUUGGAAAAACACAUUUCCCUCCAGAAAAUUAACACACGACUGGGGCAAGGUGUUCCUGUAGUUGGGCUCAUAGUGGAAGGAGGUCCCAAUGUGAUCUCCAUUGUCCUGGAGUGUCUGCGGGAGGACCCCCCUCUGCCCGUCGUGAUCUGUGACGGCAGCGGGCGAGCGUCCGACAUUCUGUCAUUUGCACAUAAGUAUUCAGAAGAAGGAGGGAUAAUAAAUGAAUCCCUUAGGGACCAGCUUCUAGUUACCAUACAGAAGACCUUUAACUACAACAGGAAUCAAGCUCAUCAGCUGUUCAUCAUUCUUAUGGAGUGCAUGAAAAAAAAAGAACUUAUCACCGUGUUCCGCAUGGGCUCGGAAGGGCAGCAUGACAUUGAGAUGUCCAUCCUCACUGCUCUCCUCAAAGGUACCAAUGCAUCUGCUCCAGACCAGCUCAGCCUGGCUUUGGCCUGGAAUCGUGUAGAUAUUGCACGCAGCCAAAUCUUUGUCUUUGGACACCACUGGCCACCUAUAGGAAGCCUGACAGCUCCUGAUGGUACAGCUCCUGAGAAGGAAAAGAAAUCUCCAGCACCUCAGGCUAAAGCAGGCAGAGGGAAAGGAAAAGGGAAGAAAAAGGGAGGAAAAGCAAAAGAAGAACCAGAAGAAGAAACAGACCCAAGAAAACUUGAACUCCUGAACUGGGUGAACUCCCUGGAGCAGGCUAUGCUGGAUGCACUGGUCCUGGAUCGAGUGGACUUUGUGAAACUGCUCAUUGAGAAUGGAGUGAACAUGCAGCACUUCCUGACUAUUCCUCGCCUGGAGGAACUGUAUAAUACCAGACUGGGUCCACCAAAUACGCUGCAUUUGCUAGUCAGAGAUGUGAAAAAGGGAAAUCUUCCACCAGAUUAUCAUAUCAGCCUAAUAGAUAUUGGUCUUGUCCUGGAAUAUCUCAUGGGUGGAGCCUAUCGCUGCAACUAUACUCGGAAAAGUUUUCGGACUCUUUAUAAUAAUUUAUUCGGACCAAAGAGGCCAAAAGCUCUUAAACUACUGGGGAUGGAGGAUGAUGAGCCUCCCACCAAAGGGAAGAAGAAAAAGAAAAAAAAGGAGGAAGAGAUUGAUAUUGAUGUGGAUGACCCAGAAGUCAGCCGCUUUCAGUACCCCUUCCACGAGCUGAUGGUGUGGGCUGUGCUCAUGAAAAGGCAGAAGAUGGCCCUGUUCCUCUGGCAACGAGGAGAGGAAUCCAUGGCCAAGGCACUGGUGGCUUGUAAACUCUACAAGUCUAUGGCCCAUGAGUCUUCAGAGAGUGAGCUGGUGGAUGACAUCUCUCAGGAUCUAGACAACAACUCAAAAGAUUUUGGCCAGCUGGCUGUUGAACUCUUGGAUCAGUCCUAUAAACAUGAUGAGCAGAUUGCCAUGAAACUGCUGACAUAUGAACUGAAAAACUGGAGUAAUUCUACCUGCCUGAAGCUGGCUGUGGCAGCCAAACACAGGGACUUCAUUGCUCACACCUGCAGCCAGAUGCUCCUAACUGACAUGUGGAUGGGGCGGCUGCGCAUGCGGAAAAACCCCGGCCUUAAGGUUAUAAUGGGAAUUCUCUUCCCUCCCACCAUCCUUUUCCUAGAGUAUAGGAGUUAUGAUGACUAUUCCUACCAGACAUCAAAAGAAAAUGAGGAAGGCAAAGAAAAAGAGGAGGAAAAUGCGGAUGCAAAUGCAGAUACAGGCUCUCGAAAAGGGGAUGAAGAGAAUGGAAAGAAAAAACAGCAGAGCCUUCCAAUUGGAACAAAGAUCUACGAAUUCUACAAUGCACCUAUUGUCAAAUUUUGGUUCUACACAAUAUCAUACCUUGGUUACUUGAUGUUAUUUAAUUACAUCAUCUUGGUGCGGAUGGAACGGUGGCCAUCAGUCCAGGAAUGGAUUGUCAUCUCCUACAUUGUGACAUUGGCUUUGGAGAAAGUCAGAGAGAUUCUGAUGUCAGAGCCUGGAAAGCUGAGCCAAAAAAUCAAAGUUUGGCUCCAGGAAUACUGGAAUAUUACUGACUUGGUGGCUAUUUCAGUAUUCAUCAUAGGAGCAAUUCUUCGCCUGCAGAACCAGCCAUACAUGGGUUAUGGAAGAGUGAUUUACUGCGUAGAUAUCAUUUUCUGGUACAUUAGGGUACUAGAUAUCUUUGGUGUGAACAAAUAUCUGGGACCUUACGUCAUGAUGAUUGGAAAGAUGAUGAUUGACAUGCUGUACUUUGUGGUCAUCAUGCUUGUGGUUCUGAUGAGCUUUGGAGUAGCUCGCCAGGCUAUCCUGCACCCAGAUGAGGAGCCCUCCUGGAGACUGGCUCGCAACAUCUUCUACAUGCCCUACUGGAUGAUCUAUGGAGAGGUGUUCGCUGACCAGAUAGACCGUAAGAGUAGAAUUCAUACUCCCUGUGGGGACAAUCUUUAUGAUGACGAUGGUAAACGCCUCCCUCCCUGCAUUCCAGGAGCCUGGCUCACUCCUGCCAUUAUGGCCUGUUACCUUUUGGUAGCAAAUAUCCUGUUGGUAAACCUGCUGAUUGCUGUCUUCAACAAUACCUUCUUUGAGGUAAAGUCAAUAUCCAACCAAGUCUGGAAGUUCCAGCGGUACCAGCUGAUCAUGACAUUCCAUGACAGACCUGUCCUGCCACCACCAAUGAUUAUCUUCAGCCACAUCUACAUAAUCAUCAAACGGAUCUGCUGCCGCUGCAAGAAGAGUGAUGGAGACCAGGACGAGCGUGACAGGGGACUGAGUAUGCAAGAAAUCUCUAAAUUGAGCUCUUUGCACCAUAUUAGCUGAAAGCAGCAGCUUCUAGAACACUGAACU